ACAUCAGUAGCUUCGCUGGUGCUAUUAACACUAAUGGCACAUUAGCGCAAAGACAGGGCUGCAUACAGCGAGUUGCGUCUUGCUUGGCGGUUAACGUUCGUUGGCGUGGGAAACGGCGGUUCUAGUGCUAAACCGCUACCGAAAAGACUAUAAAAGCUGCGCCGACAAAAUAAAAGCGCCCAGUCAGGUUCUAAAUCAUAACCUUUUGUUUUGAAUAUCAGUCCAGCUCCGUAUGGGACAGCUUCUGGGUACGGACCCGGACCGCGGUCCGCCUGGCCUCUGCUCUAAGGCUUUACUCCCGAGCAUGUGUUACUGCAUUACCGAAACUGAAUGUUUGGUGUACACAUUUUUUUUCUUCAAUAAAGUUGAUUGUAAUAAAAGUUUUUAUCCGUGUUUAGUUGCAUUGUCUUAGCAAGUUCACUUCUUUUUCCGUCCAUGUAAUUUUCAAUGUGGUGACGUAAUCCAUCUAACAAGUUCGAAUCGCGUGGCUGCCUUGGCCGCGUUCUAAGACUGAUGACGCCAGUGUACACGUAAUUUAGAACGCGAGCGCUCACUACCCAUUUCGAGUAUUCCACGGGUUAGUUACGGAUCGCGCUUCUCUUCUGGUGAAAUCAUGUCUGUCAGUGAACCUUCCCGCGCUCAGAUGGCAUCGGAAGUGCCUGAGAUUCUGGUAGAUCCCAAGACAUUAAGGUCCUACGGCAGGGAUGAGCUUUUGGGACAGGGCGCUUGUGGCAAAUGCUAUAAGAUGACCGAUCUUGAAACUGGCGACACCUAUGCUGUUAAGGUCAUCCGGCUAUAUUCCUGGGGAGUGGAGGAGGUCUGUGAAGAAGUACAGAUUUUAAAAACACUGCGGCACAAGAAUGUGGUGGGGUUCUCCCACUCUUUCGAAGAUGACAAAUUCAUGUAUAUUUUCAUGGAGUUGUGCAGUGGGCAGACACUCGGUGACAUUUUAAAAGCUCGGGGGACUCUGACUGAGCCCGAAGUGCGAUACUACAUUAACCAGCUGAUUUCAGGGUUAACAUACAUCCACCGGCAAGGUUACGUCCACAGGGACAUCAAGUUGGAAAAUUUAUUUAUCAAUGACCAAAUGGAACUGAAAAUUGGGGAUUUCGGACUGGCGGUCAAGCUGAAGCCGAGGGAGAAAGAAGUGUGUGGUACUCCCGUCUACAUGGCUCCAGAAGUGUGGAAACGAGAGGGCCAUGGAAGGGAAGCAGACGUCUGGGCACUGGGCUGUGUCAUGUACCAGCUUCUGGUUGGGGAAAUCGCAUUCUACGCUGACGAUUACUGGGAGAUGCUCAAGAAUAUAAAGGAAGCCAAAUUUAUUCUACCGCAGAAUCUCUCUAUUGAAGCUGGGAAACUGAUGGGCAAGAUAUUUAGAAUCGACCCACGGGAUCGCCCGUCACUAUCGAAUGUCCGUCGCCACAAGUUCUUCACAAAGGGCUUCACUCCAAAGACACUGCCAGCUAGUAGCUGCAAUACACCACCACAGCAUAAAGCAGUCAACCCAUUCAAAAAGAUUUUCAACCGUUUCAUGCGCCUGAUACGAAAAAAGCGAUCCAGAGUUGAGCCUUUACGGGAGGAUGCCGAGCAGAGUGGACUUGAGAUCCCCCAGCCUGUGGAGUCACUCCGUGUUCUAGAGGAUGUCAACAGACCAAUGAACAAAUUGACCUGGUCCAGUUGGUCAAAGUGGUUGAGGGACCUGUAGGCAGGCUGUACUCAGCAAGUGCAGUGACGCCCCACACCUGAGUGCCUCCCCCAGCUCCCUGUCCACUCCUGUUUCAAAAAAGUUCUUUUGUGUUUCAAGCAUUCAGGCAUGGAUUCAGUUUUUUUCUUGUAUGAUUAUGGCCACAUUCAUACCAAGAACACACUAGACAAUCUCAUGCAGAUUUCAUUUUCACCACUCAGUCUGUUCUGCUUAAUUGUUUGGUUACUGAGUAUAUGUGUUCUGACACUAUGUUGAUGGGAAUUGAUUCUUUGUGUGUCACCUAAAGAGCUUGUAUUACUUGGGUAAAUUGCAUAAGACUCAUGUUAUUUUGAAAAUUAUAUUUUCCUAUAUGUGCCAAAGUCAAUUGGGAUUACCAAAAUCAAAGUUGGCUCUCCACCUCCUGGUUAUUGGAAGGUACUACGCCCCUCUACUAAAUGCAUUUCUUUCACUCACAAAGUGCAUUUCCUGCACGCAAUGAACUUGUUUCUUUGACAAAAUGCAUUUUGUGGAUGAAAUGCCCUUUUUCAUUCACGAAAGCAGAUACAUUCAACCUUCUGAACAUGAUAUGCUAGGUGCUAAUAUCAGUUCUGUGUACAAAAUGAAACAUUCCUGUUGAUUUCGGGGCACCAAAGACAGUAACGUAUUUAUGCUUCUGUGGACAAAAUGUAACUCUAGUAUGUCUUUCUCUGGACAAAAUUCAAGGCAUUACUUGAUUUUGUCAUUGAAUAAUGCAUUUUGUCACACAGUAUGUAUUUUGUGUCCGAAAAUGAGCGCUUGACAGGAGCUGGAAGACUACUUUCGUAUGUACAGGACAACUAACAACAGAAAAUCCUACAUGUACCUACGUGUUACUGAUAGUUGUCCUUUACUUAUGUUGUAGAAAUUAUUUUGGGCUGGGUCAUGAGGAAAAGAUUCGAGGUUGAAGAGGGGCAUUUUAUAGCAGACCACCUUGCCACAGAAUGCACCCCCUGUCUAUCUCUGGCUCGGAGAAUACUACAGUACAUGCACCAAACUUGCGCCAGUUACUGAGAUUUAUUUGUGCUGAAGAAAUGAUUUUGGGCUGGGCCAAAUGGAAAAGUUUCUGGGUGGGGUGGGGCUUUUACACCAGGCCCCUGUCUAACUCUGGCUGUGAAAAUCCUACAUGCACCAAACCUGUGCCUUAUUUAUGUUGUAUAAAUUAUUUUGGGCUGG